AAAAGAAAAGCUGCUGCUCUGUGCAGAAUAGCUACUAACAGCCAUUUGGUCAUAACUUUGAGUUGGACAUAUUGCGAUCUACCCUGCAAAACCCGAGUCAAAGUUUGAAGAACUCUGAUUCCCCCACGUGACCUCGUCUGGAUCUAAGGGAUUUAAAGUGAUUGACUGUAAUUAUUAGCUCAAAGAUGAUUGGAAGUGUACUGAAGAUUGCCUUCCUUCUGCUCCAUGCAACUUUUAUCCAAGGGUCCAAUAACUAUGAGGUGUUUGUUCAUGAAACAAUGGAAGCUGAGGUGGGCCACAACGUUACCAUACCUUGCUUGAUGAGAGGCACUGAUCCUGAGAUUGUCGACAUUAGAUGGAUGAAAAAUGGAAAAGCAAAGCUUAUUGCAUACCACCCAGUCUAUGGACCGCAUAAUUUUUGGCCUAAUGUGACCUGCCAAGCAAAGAGAGAUGAUAAAGACCAGUUAAUUGGUUUAGAUCUCCAACUCCCUCCGGUGAACAAAUGGGACAGUGGCAGCUAUAGCUGUGAAGUUCAGACAUUUCGUUCUGGUGUUCUUACCAAUGAAACGAAGUUAACAGUGAAAGAUGACAUCAAGCUAUUGUGCAAUGUAAACAGAGUGUUGGAGGUCAACUUUGGAAACAAUGCUACAAUUCAAUGCACAGUCAACUCAAAUGCUCACUACAGGUGGACCAAGAACAACAAACUUGUGUCAGAGAAUGAAUCCCUGGAGCUUCGGCAAGUGACAGAAGUCGAUGGAGGAGUUUAUGAGUUGACCGUCAAUGCAGGAGACAAGACACUGCAUGAGGUUUUCCAUAUCUCUGUACUUCCUAUAACCACCAGUUUCAGGACAGAGUCAACUCUGGGUUCCACUGACACACCACAGCCCAGCUCUAUGAUAUCAUCAACCAAAACACUUUCCACAGAUGAUUAUUGGACCCCUCAACCAAAUUCCAGCACUGCCAUAGUCUCUGCUGUAGCGCAUGUAACCCCUUCAAAAACUUCAGCAUCUGUCAGUUUCCCAUCAUCCCCUGGCACACAAUCCGUCAGUGUCAACUUACUCAACUCCAGUACGUCAAGUAAUGAAGUGACCGAGCUCAUAUCAACACGGAGAACGGCAAGUGACGAAAUGAAGAAUGAAUCAAAGAUUUACAAGCGGUCCACAGAGGGCAUUUCCUCAGUAAGCACAGAGGAGUUUAGGACAACACAGCCUGUAUUAGGAAGCACUGCACUUCUUGGAGAAAUUCCUGCUGUGACUGUUCUGGAUGGCAAAGAAACCAAACGCAACCAUAUGUUGAUAGCUUUCAUCGUCAUUCUGCUGCUGCUAUCGAUCGUCGUGGUUGUCGUGCUUUACAGGAGACAACUCCUGAAAAAGAGGAUGGACCUCCCACCACCAUUCAAACCUCCCCCACCCCCUGUCAAGUACACAUCUUCAAGAAGAAGUGAGACACAGCAUUUCCCCACUUCAAGGUGUAACUCCAUAGCAGAACCUAUGAGACCCAUCUUUAUAUGAUUGAUAAUUGGCAAUACUUGCUUUGUAUGACAGUCAUUUCUGCAGUACUCAUUAAGGUUUACUGAAAGUGAUUCACAAAAGUAAAAAUUGUUUUGCUAAGGAGAUACAGCUUCAUAAAACCUUCAUAUUUAGUUCACAUGUAAAAGGUUCUUGAAAUGUAUUACUCUUAUAAAUCAAACCGAAUAAUUUCAGGUAAAAAGUGUUUUCUUGUCAAUCAGAGACUCAAAUAUAGACUGAAUUUAACCCCUACAAUUACAUGUACAUCUAGAUAAGAGGCCAGUUAACAAAACUAUUGCCAUCAUCACACAUGAAAUACUACAAGAUUGUUCAAUCAUUCCAGGAGGUUGUAUCCCAUUCUUCCUGAUACAAAAUAGUGAUUUAGUUAAUUAAAUUAUGGAAUUCAUUUCUCCUUUAUGACUUAUUCAGAUGAAUGUAUCACAAUGUUUUAAUAUGAGAUAUAUAUGUAUAUAUACGAGAGAUACAUCAGGCCCUUUACAUAAGAUAUUUUAUUUAUUUUUUAUUUUUUGCAAAACUACCUAAAAUUGGAUUUAAAGUUUAUCAGAAAAUUCGUUCUGUCUGCUGAUCUAACCCUUCUGCCUUCAUUAAACAGACAUAGCUUGCUCUAUUAUUCAGCGGCUCUGCUUGAGUUGCGUUUAUCCAUCCCCCAAUUUUCAGUGGUUUCCAUUUGUGCUUUUUGCAGAACAGGUACUGGCUUUUUUUCAGGCCAGCUUUAGAGCAGGUAAGAUCAGAAAUAAGUAUGACUGAAAAACCAGUGUGGAAAAGGUUUAAAAACUGGUGGGCUGGAGUAGAGCCUGGCAAAGUGGAGACAGUGGAAAAGAGAUGUUUAUUUAAUAGAUUGGGUCAAAAUUUUUAAAUAGGUCCCUUAUUAUAGGGAUCCAUGUGCAAUAGCCAGUAUUUGUGGCAUGCAUACUCCACAUCACUGGUAUAUGAUUGUCUAUUGUCUAUUAUGAUUGUGAACUAUUUUUCUCCCUAGUUGUUAUUUCAAAAUGUGCAAUACACCUACAUUUAACAUUGACUUUGACAAUGAUCGCCUUAAGUAUUUUAUAAUUCAGAUUAAUGUGAAUUCACAGUCGUCCUCCAAACAGGAAUGGACUUUGAUCUUGCCCAGCCGGCUUUGUUAUAUAUACUGAUGUUUUAAACAUUUUAAGGAUUGAUCUGAGUGUAGAUAUGGGCAAGGUUAUGAAAGCCACUGCUUUUCAAGGCAUUUUCCCCAUUAAUGAAUAAAAACAGACCUGUUUUACUUAAUUACCCUGUUUUUUUUUCCUUUUCAUUUUGAGGGGUAGCAAAGAGAAAGCAGCCACCUUAUAUCUCUCAGCAUCACCAAUGAAUGUUUAAAAAAAAAAACACAUUGUGUCAACAUUUUGAUCAGGGUAAAAAAGUAAAGUAUAGCCGUAUUUUGUAAGUUUUUUGUUAACAG